CACCCAAGAACUGAGGAAGAGAAAGAAAGAAAACUGUUUCCACAAAGGAAAUUACUCAAAAGAUUACUGAAAACUCUUCGACAGCCCACGACCGGUUUUGCCCUUCUUGAGGCUCAUCAGGCGCAACCCCGAAUUUCCGUCAACCUUAUGUUCUACGUGAACCCUAAUUGGACUGUUUUCCAGAAAUACACUAAUUUGCCAAUCAAUUUGGUUUUCACGAGAGACUUAACUGAAUCUCUCGGUUAUGAUGUUCUACAACUGAAUGGAAGCAGUGGACUCGAGUUGCGCUCUUACUAA